AGAUAUGGUAAAAAAAUUAAAAAAAGAAGCAUAAAAGAAUAAAGUUAGGCGCGGUGAACUUCGAAUUUCGGCUAAGCACUUGUUUUCAACAUGUUGUUGUCCUUUUUUUCAUCAUGACGAUCAACUUCAAGUAAUAAUUUUCUUACAAUAGUAAUUAGACCAAUAACUUCAAAAGUAAAAAAAAGAAAUAUUGAAAUGGAUUUGACCUCGAAUUAUAUGAAUAUCAUCACCAUCAGUGGCUCACACAAUGGUACAGAAUAAUUUUGUGGAUAAUGCUGACAGGCAGGGGGAUCCAAGCAAUACCAUCUCAGUUGAAGAAGACGCAAAGCCAACUUAUGCAUUAGAGCACUUAGCUACAUUUAAAGUAAAGCAUGAAUCUGAAAUACGGAACCCAAAAGAAAAAUUAAAGAUUUUAAUGAAAUUGGAUGAAUCAGGAGCCAUUUGGCCGCAGAAAAUGUAUAUGUCAUUUAGUGGGCAGUGGUUGGUGAUGUUGGACUGUGAAAUGAAAGAAAUAGAAAACUUUCCAGGUUCCCUGAUAAAAGAACCAAUGGCCUUUAUCAGCGAAGAUCCCCUAGAGAUUUACAAUAAUAUUCUUGUCUUCACGGUACCAGGCGUUUCAUUAGGAACUACUGAGAUGCAUUUCUUUCAGGUAACGAAUGUGUCAACGAAACAUUUGGUUGAGGACCUAAAAGAGCUGAGUACCGGAAAGGUGGUAACGAUUGAUAGAAAUUUGACUCCCAUAAAAGUACCAAAAAUAGCGAAAUCAUCCCAUAACCCACGAGAUCAAUAUGGAAUAGCAAUUGCUGCCGCAGAAGUAGCUGCAGAGAAAAAUGCCCACGACGCUGAGCAAAGUUUACGCGACAUUCAAGUUUUAAAUCAUUGUUUCGAAGACAUUGAAAGAUUCGUUGCACGCCUUAAAUAUGCUGCAGAGGCACUACGAGAAUUGGAGUUGAGACAUAAAGAACACAAUCCUCAUGGAGAAGGCCUGCUGAUAUUACGGUCACGACCACCAAUUGAGAGCGAGUUUCAUGAUAUUUUUGCCAAAAUAAAACUGGCUAUAAACUAUGUAGUUAAGUUAAACAAUCAUUUCUCUAAUGGGACAGCGCCUAUUUUUGAUUUAUUCAUUUCAUUGCACACGAUCGUAAAUGUUUGCAACGAUGUACAUGUUGGUGCUAAUAUUCCAGAAAACGUAAUCAAUCCGUUGCUGCGUCGAGAAACUGUACAUUUUUUAUCAGGAUGUUUAAACACUAAAGACAAUGAUUUCUGGAAGUCCUUAGGAAAAAAUUGGACUAUUGCAAAGGAGCACUUCCAAGAUCACAAAAGUUCAUAUCACCCAAUUUUUUAUGACGAUUGGUCUCCAGACUGGAUAGUCGACGAAGAGGUGAACUAUAUACCACUACCUAAAUCUGAUCCUCCAUUCAUUUCAAAUGUUGGUGCAAGUAAUACCGUUUGGUUGUCGCGUCUUCAGUCCAGGAAUGUAAAAAUAGCCGAAGUAAUUUAUAACAAUAAAGCAAAUAAUGACCGGGAAUUAAGCGUCGUAACUGGAGAAUAUCUUGAGGUAAUUGAUGACACACGCAAUUGGUGGAAGGUUAGAAACUCCGCUGGUAAUGUUGGCUAUGUCCCGCACACAGUUUUGAAGGCAAAUAACUUUGAAGUUCAUACAAACUACUCUCCGAGGGACACAGAUUCUAUAGUGUCUUCUAUAUUUGAGCAAGAAUCAUUAAAUGUCAACAAAAACAACAUAAACCAUAAUUUGCAUCGAAAUACACUUACACCAUUUGUGGAUGCAUCCGAUGAAUCAAUGUCUUCGUCAAAUAAAGCUGCAAAAUCUAUGCCACGAUCAUAUAGUAUGCCCAACGUACCUGUACCACCGCCUAUGCCACCGCCAACAGACAGUGAGCCCCCAACGCCAAGUGGCACACUAAAACGUAAUAUGGCUGCUGCUGGCAGUUUAGCAGCCAUGAGAGCUCGUAAUGAUAAUGAUACAAAUGAUGAGCUAGUAAUGUUGCAAGGAACAAUCAAUGAAGAAUUAAGAGCAACUCUGUAUCAAAGAGAACGGCGUAAAGAUCUUGAAAUAUUAACAACACCAAAUAUUUACAUAAAUCAGUAUUCAAAACCGAAGGAAGUCGAAGAGUGGUUGCGUGCGAAAGGAUUUCCUGAUGCUAUAGUUAAAAAGCUCAGCAAAUUGAAUGGUGAGGAACUGUUUGCACUGUCCCCUCAUGUUAUUGAGGGGUACUUCGGCCAAAAAGAGAGCAGACGUUUAAUAUCACAAAUAGUGCUUCAGAAGAAUAUAUGUGAAUACAAAACUGUUCGUUCUUCAGAGUUAACUGCGAAACUAGCAAAAGCACGGCAAAAAGCAGAUCAGCUUGGCAAUGAUCCAAAUGAAGUAUUCUAGCCAGCUCGAUGGGAGUUGUCAUUUUUUUAAUUUUUAGUGAUUAGUGGUAUAAUUUUCGCACUAAAUUGUAUAAAUUGAUUGAAAGCCUAAAAUACAGUAUAUGUACAUUUGAACGCUUUCGUAUGACCUAGAACGACAUAAUUUGGAGAAGAAGACACAAAACGAAAAGAAA